AGGAAGCUGCUCUGGCUCCCGCCCGGGAAGAGCCUUUAUUCCUCGUCUUGCUCCGCCUCCUGCCCCCUUCGCUCCGCCUCCAGACGCGGUGGGGGCCGCGGGGCUGCUACUACCAGUGACAGCAAGCAACAGGGAGACAUGAGAAAUUGGAUUGCAUGCUACACUGGAGAACUUACUGGCAGGAGGAUUACUUCCCAAAGAGACUAAAGUGAGUUGCAGGAUGGCAAAAGAGGAGCCCCCGAGUACCACAAGGGACUUGCAGGAGUUGCAGAAGAAGCUGUCUUUGCUGAUAGAGUCCUUCCAGAAUAACUCAAAGGUGGUUGCCUUUAUGAAGUCUCCGGUGGGCCAGUACUUGGACAGGCAUCCUUUCCUAGCCCUCACCUUGGUGGUAUUCAUUGCUGCGUCAGCUGUUCCUGUUGGGUUUUUCCUGCUCCUUGUGGUGCUUACCUCCCUGGCGGCUCUUGUGGGGGUCAUACUACUGGAAGGCCUGGUCAUCUCUGUGGGCGGCCUCUCACUGCUUUGUGUCCUCUGUGGCUUGGGCUUCGUGUCACUCGCCAUGUCAGGGACCCUCAUGGUGUCCUAUGUGGUGAUCUCCAGCCUUAUCAACUACUGGUUUUCUCCCAGACCCCUGACACAGCAAAACCCCAGUGGUGAAGGUCAACUGGCUAUGAAGUCUGCAGACUUUGAGGGGCUCUACCAGGAAUAACCCUCUGAACAGAAUCGGAGCUUCUUUCAACAUCUCGGAAAAGCUGUUGAAUCCUACUUGCCCAUUGGGAUUAUGACUCAGAGAAGGGGGCUGAGUAGUCAAGCACUCCUUGGCUGUGUCCUCUAGCUUUUUCACUGUUUGUGGUACCCUGCAGUGGCCAGUGUGGGGGAUCAUGUUGCUCUCAUGUUGGUUCUGUUGGCUGACCCACCCUCUCAGAGCAAAUCAGCCAAGAAAUGUGACAGCUUAGCAGCUGGUCCUGCCUCUCCUCCUCACAUCCCCCAGUAUGCUGACUUAACUUGGCAGGGUCCUGGGCAUCUAGAGAUUUAACCCCUGAUUCCCGCAAAGGCUAUGUCCAAAGGCCCAGUUGAGGGCAAACACGUACUGUUUUUAGUGUUUUGUUUAACUGUUUUUGUUUCUUUUUUCACUUAUUCGAAACAAAAAGUGGGAAAAAAAAAUCCAGAACAGAACCAUCUCUUCUGUCUUAAUGGGUUUUUAUCAGAAAGAACAGCAGCAUUUGGAAAUAAUGGCCCCUUUAAGUUGGAAAACAGAGUCCAAGUGUAACUUUGGCCAAGACUCUUUUUGAAAAAAUCUAAAGGUAUAGUUUCCACUGUUAAUUGCUGCUAAUCUUUUAAACAUUUGGAUAUUUACACUUCAUGUUUUAUAUCAUUUUAAAUCAUUUGUCCUAUUAAUCUAUUUCUUUGAAA